GGACUUGAACUCGGUCCGAUCGGCACUUUCAGUCGAAAUUAUGCGUUGAUCUGGGAAAAUGAAAGACAACUUCAGCGCAAUUUUCCCAAGAACCACUGAUGACUCCAGUUUUCUUGUAACAAUCGAAAAAAUUAGUUCCGUCUUAUCCUUGUUGGGGGUCAGCUUAAUAUUUGUCGUCUUUUGGGCCUUCCAGCGCAUGCGAUCCCUUCGCAAUCUCUUCAUCCUCCUUGCCUCAAUCUCCAACUUCUGUGCAAGUAUCGCCUGUAUUAUAGGCCGUGAUGGACUUCGUCUCGGCGUAGACUCGGUGUUGUGUAAGUCGCAAGCUGUACUGCUUGAAUCCUUUUUGCAGUCGGAUCCCUGGUGGUCCUUUGCUAUGGCUAUUAACGCGUUUUUUAUUUUUUUUGCGAAUGCUGACGUAUCAUCAUUUCGACGAUACCUCUGGGUUUACUGUAUUAUAUGCUUAGGGGGACCUUUGAUCCUUGGCCUCUGCUUACUAUUGAUCAAGCCGCAUGGGCCAGAGUCCUCAGUAUAUGGCGAUGCUUUCUUAUGGUGCUGGAUUACUCCUGAAUGGGGUCACCUUCGAAUUUAUACGUUCUAUGUACCAACCUGGUGCUGCAUCUUCGGCUCAGCUGUUGUCUAUCUCGUCAUUGGAUACCACAUAUUUCGCAAGCGAAAUCAACUUGCAAAUCUUAACUCUAGCAACCUACGCAACAAUGCUGAAGGCUUUUUGGGGGUAAAUGAAGGCACAUCCACCGGAAAGAGCCCUACCGACGGCACUGAAGACGAUAUAAAUGCAGUGAUGGAAGGACCGAUUACGACUAUCAAACUUGAGCCUCAGCUGCCUCGGACGCCAUGUCCAGCUAGGAUAAACAGUUUUAUUAACGCAAAAGCUCAAUACCGGGACCCAUGUCAUAUGAUCAACGAGGAGGCUGCUCCGCAGGGCAAUCCGCGGUUUGGCACAACUACCUCUAUUCUGGCCCCGCAGAAGCCCCGGCGCUUUACUAUACGGCGCAUCACUCCCAUCAACGGAAAGAUUCAGUCCCAUUUAAAGGGGAUUGAUCCUAUAAAGCUUGAAUAUCUCCGAACCUGCUCUUUUUUUGCUAUUUCCGUACUUGUCACAUGGACGCCCAGUUCAAUCAACAUACUAUACGAGUAUAUCAGGCCGCAGGAUGUUAAUGUGGGUUUAAACACUACUAUCGCCAUCGUGCUACCACUUCAAGGAGCCUGGAACGCGGGCAUAUUUUUCUUGACCAGUUGGUCAACUUUGAGAGAAGAAUGGACCGAAAUGAGGUUACGUCACCAGGCGCGCCAUCUCGACAACCGCGAAAGUUACUGGUUGUCAAGGUUUAAAUUACUAAUAGGCGACCUGAAGCAUCGCUUCUAAUGCGGUCUGUAUCGGCAUGAAAGAGAGACUAACCGAGACCAAACAUGCGAUGUUCCACUAUCAACGUAGUCUCAAGCUGGAAUUAUAUGUGUGAUGCAAGGGUUAUCCAACACACGACCUCGAUGUACGUUUAUUUUGAAAGAGUCAGGCCGAGGCUUAUGGGAGGCCUUAAAUUCAUUUAUUUCGGUAGCAUACUUAUUCCAACACAAGACUGAAGCUC